AUGAGUGAAUGUACAGGUGGCUGGGAAACCGUCUCUGCGAGGAAUCAAGAAGAGCGUAGUGUUGCCGAUAUUGGCUCCUCGACUCCUGCCCAUCUUACUCGAGUAUUGUACAUCCCCUAUCAUGACGGAACCACAUCCCAUCAUUCUAUUCAUGAGGUCACCGGCCAAUAUAAGGAUACCGUGGGCAAUCGUGUGAUGGGAACGGCUUCGUAUGCAGUGUCUUUGGGAAAGAUCCCUAAACCGCAAAUGAUUGGUGAUGGGAUAGCGACUCCCUAUGAGAACGAAAUAUUCUACAACGUGCACUUCGUCAAGGCGGGCGACAGUGGCACUCCUUUGACUUCGAUAAUGGUAACCCCGUCAUCUUCCAAGUCCUGUCCGGUACUCGUGGAGACAGAUGUUGCAAGCAGUGAAGCUGUCAGCAAGGCCACUACUAUCACAAUGAAGCGACAAGAAGACACUACUAUGGCAGAGAGGCCUACCACGAUGACAAUGUCUUAUCCCAUCGCACCACUCACAUGGCGAAAGACCGUCUUCGUGCAUCCUUACUUCGCUUUUCAGCCUCCGGAGGAAGAGAAGGCAUAUUUUGAAUGGCAGAUGCAUCCGAUCCCAUAUGGGCGUUUACGAUAUACUCUUGUGCGCGUCAGGGGGAUGCAGUCAACUGAAGAUCGCACCCAGCCAGAUCUUCCUUCGGAUCAUGAGAUCCAGGCUAUAUAUCACCACAUCGGGGAUGGAGUCUCGCUGCCAUUGCCAUAUAGCGAGGGCGUGCUUCUCCUGGCCGGUGAUCUGAAGCCCGAAAUUGAAACCAUGAUUGUCGCUAGUGCCUUCGGAAUGCUGGGAGAGCUGCGUAGGCUAUCUAAACCAGGAAAGACAGCAGGAUCGGGCAAAGAAUCCAAGGAAGGGCGAUUCGGGUUUGUUAAAGGCUUGCUGAAUAGGAAAUGA